UGAACUCUGUUCUCUCUGUCCGCUUUUGUUUUUCCUUAUCGCUCGGCUCGCGCUUCGGCCAAUCUCUCUCGCGUGUACACAUGCACUUGGUCGUAUAGAAAAGCACAUGCUCUCGCGGAUCGCGCGGUAGCAGCAGCAGCGGCAGCAUAGGAGUAUAAGAGAGCUUUCGCGCACACACGUGCUCCGAACAAAAGCUUGCAAGUAAAAUAAAGUGAUACCGUUACUGUGCAUGGAUUGAUUUUACGUCGAAGAAAAAAAUUGAAUUAUAAUAAAGUACGAAUUGCGAAACACGAGCACGAGAUGAGGCUUUGAAUUUUGGCGCGAGACCGUCGCGCGCGCAGAUUCGAAAAUUUUUCGGUGCGGGCGGACGCGCGGAACUUGGCACACGCACACGAGGUGCUUUGCAAUUUUUUUUUUUUCAUUUUCGAAUGACUUGCGCGCAUCGACGAUGACACUCAAAAAUCACGAAGAUCUCGCGGUCAACGAUCGUCCACCAUGCACCCACAACGACGAGCUUAAUUCGUUGGGCUGACCAGUAAUUAUAUAAACAUAGAUACAUACGAGCAGUGAAAAAUCGAAUCGUUCUUGGUGUAUACAAAAGUGAAAGAAAUAACAGCAGCAGCAGCAAAGAGUUUGACUCGAGUUGAAAGAAAAGAAGAAAAAGAAGAAAAAAGUUUUUUUUGUGUGCUCUUGGUCGCACGGGCCGAGAGAGGAGAAGAAGAAGAUACACACAGCAAGUGAGGGAGAGAGUUAUACCUGCCAGAGGCCUAGACUGCACGCACAGGUAUAACACCAGAAAGUGGAAAGAAGACGACCGGAAACUGCUGAACAGGACAGGUCCUUCCUCUGGAGGCACUCAGAAGGCACUCAAGAUCCAUUGCUGCGAGAAGAUGCCGGCAAAACAAGUUACGAGGUCAACAAGAUCAUGACACCGACAUACCGGAGAUCGGUGAGUACAGAGAGCGCGGGCGAAGAUGAGGAUCAGUUUGCCAGGGGUACAAACUCCCCUGGUGGCGGUGGAAGCGGCGACGAGAGCAACCCCGAUGGUACGGCGUCGCAAGGCCAGCAGCAAUUGCAGUCCAUUGUUGCUCCACAAACCCAGCAACAACAACAACAACAACAACAGCAACAGCAGCAACCACAACAGCAGCAGCAACAGCUGCAGUUGUCACAACAGGCGCCCACGCAGCAGCAAACUGCACUUCUGAGAAUGGCAGGCGCGAAGAGGGCGCGGGGCUUUCUGUCCGGCACGGGCCGGCCGCCCUUGCCCCACGUUAAUUUUGACCCGGAAGCGCCACCCCCGCCGACCCAAAUGGGAUUGCCGACGCCGCAGAUGACUCUGCUCGAGAAGCCGGAGAUCGACAAAAAAGUCAAGAGACACAGUAUCCACGGCAUGAUGGAGGACGAGAACGUAAUAAGGCCGCACCAGGAGAUGGCCAGCCUCUCGCUGGACGACAAAAAGUUCCUGCUGGCCGUGGAGCGCGGUGACGUUGCCGGCGUCAGAAAAAUGUUGGAGCUGGAGAACCACAAGAAGAUAAACAUAAAUUGCGUCGACCCGCUGGGCAGGUCGGCCCUCCUCAUGGCGAUCGACAACGAAAAUCUCGAAAUGGUCGGACUGCUGAUAGACUUUAAAGUCGACACGAAGGACGCUCUAUUGCACGCCAUAUCCGAGGAAUUCGUCGAGGCCGUGGAGCUUUUGCUCGAUCACGAGGAAAGUAUGCAUCGAGCCGGCGAGCCACACAGUUGGGAGGCUCUACCACCUGAUACAGCAACAUUCACGCCUGACAUCACACCGCUCAUACUCGCGGCGCAUCGGGACAACUACGAAAUCAUCAAAAUCUUGCUGGAUCGAGGUUCCACGCUGCCGAUGCCUCACGACGUCCGUUGCGGGUGCGACGAGUGCGUGACGUCGCGCCAAGAGGAUUCGCUGCGACACUCGAGAAGCCGCAUCAACGCUUACCGUGCCCUGGCGUCGCCCUCCCUCAUAGCUCUCUCUUCCAAGGAUCCUAUUCUUACGGCUUUCGAGCUGUCUUGGGAGCUGCGAAGGCUCUCCUUUCUCGAGCACGAGUUCAAGUGCGAGUAUCAAGAACUCAGGCGUCAGUGUCAAGACUUCGCCACGGCGUUACUUGAUCACACGAGAAGUUCGUACGAACUCGAGGUGCUUCUAAAUCACGAUCCAACGGGACCAGCGUUCGAGCACGGCGAGCGCAUGCAUCUCAAUCGCCUCAAGCUCGCAGUGAAAUUGCGCCAGAAAAAGUUCGUAGCGCAUCCUAACGUGCAGCAACUGCUCGCGUCCAUCUGGUACGAGGGCUUGCCUGGCUUCAGGCGCAAAAACAUGGUGCUGCAGGCAUUGGAAAUCGUGCGUAUCGGCAUACUCUUUCCAUUCUUCAGCAUCGGUUACAUCAUCGCGCCUCACACGGUCGUCGGUCAGACCAUGAGGAAGCCCUUCAUCAAAUUCAUAUGCCAUUCCGCGUCGUAUUUUACGUUCCUUUUUAUGUUGAUAUUAGCGAGUCAAAGGAUAGAGAGUGUCAUAGGCGUUUGGACGGGGCACGAUGUGGAACACGACCCCCAUAACGAGCCAACGAAACGCGGCGCUGCACCCACCAUCGUCGAGUGGGUAAUCUUGUCUUGGGUCUCGGGCUUGAUAUGGUCGGAAGUGAAGCAAUUAUGGGACGUCGGUCUCGAGGAGUACGUCAACGACAUGUGGAACGUAAUUGAUUUCGUCACGAAUUCGCUGUACGUGGCGACUGUGGCAUUACGUAUCGUGGCCUACUACAGAGUGCAGAGGGAGAACGAGGGAAUAGAGCCGCACAUGAUCGUCGAGCUGCAACGCGAGCAGUGGGACACUUGGGAUCCGAUGCUCAUUUCCGAGGGCUUAUUUUCAGCCGCAAAUAUUUUCAGUUCCUUAAAAUUAGUCUACAUAUUCUCGGUGAAUCCACAUCUUGGACCUCUGCAAGUCUCGCUCUCUCGAAUGGUUAUGGACAUCAUGAAGUUUUUCUUCUUAUUCGUCCUCGUGCUCUUCGCUUUUUCAUGCGGUUUGAAUCAACUUCUGUGGUACUACGCCGACAUGGAAAAGAAAAGGUGCCCGACAGCCAUGCCUCAUUUGCCUCAAAAUAAUACGAACCUCGAUCCAAACGCCUGCAUUGUUUGGAGAAGAUUCGCAAAUCUUUUCGAAACGACUCAAACGUUAUUCUGGGCCGUCUUUGGUCUGGUAGAUCUUGAAAGUUUCGAGCUCGAUGGAAUAAAAAUAUUCACAAGAUUUUGGGGUAUGCUGAUGUUCGGCACGUAUUCCGUUAUUAACAUCGUUGUGCUACUGAAUCUACUGAUCGCCAUGAUGAAUCAUUCCUAUCAAUUAAUAUCGGAACGCGCCGACGUAGAGUGGAAAUUCGCUCGGAGCAAGCUGUGGAUAAGCUACUUCGAGGAAGGUGGCACGGUGCCGCCGCCCUUCAACAUUAUACCCACGCCCAAAAGCUUCUGGUACAUUGUAAAGUGGAUUUACAGAAAGCUCUGCGGUCACAGUCGCGCCGCCAAGAAAGAGCACAUGAGGACCAUACGGCGCAAGGUGAAACAGGCCUCGGAGCGCGAUUUUCGUUAUCAGGGCAUAAUGCGUAAUCUCGUGCGCCGCUACGUGACCGUGGAGCAGCGCAAGACGGAGAACGAGGGUGUGACGGAGGACGACGUGAACGAGAUCAAGCAGGACAUAAGCGCUUUCCGCUGCGAGCUCAUUAAUAUACUGCAAAAGUCGGGGAUGGCGACGGAGCACACAUCUGGCCAGGGUACCGACGGUAGCGUGAAAGAGUUAUCCGUACUAGGUGUCGGUGGCAAGAAGAAUCGGCAGAAGGAGCGCCGCCUCAUGAAGGGCUUCAACAUAGCACCGCCGCCGGGCAGCAGCGGGACCCUGGCGCCGGUGGCUGAGUCCGGCCACGACGGACUUCCGAGCCUCGACGAUUCGCAUCAUCAUCAUCCGGCUGCGGGUACCGGAGGACACCAUCACGAGAUCUUCGGCAGUACGCUAAGCGGCUUAUUCGGGCCUGGCACGACGCCCAAAAAGAAUCCGCACCACAUGAGCACGAACAGCGUGCCGGGACUGGGCUCCUCGCAGCGACAGUCGAGGGACACGCGAGGCGGCAGUUCGCGCAAGAGAAAAUGGGGCACCCUCAUCGAAGCUGCCAAAGUUGGCCGAGUUUCCAAGCUUAUAGCAGGUCGCUCACGUUCCGAAGAUUCGGUCUACUCGCAAGCCUCCGACGACGCUGCUUCCCACUCGGACUGCUCUACAGAUUCGAAAACUUCCGGGGACGUCCCGUCUCAGGAUCCACAAGGUCAUCACCAUUCUUCCCAUCAUCAUCACGGUGGUCAUUCCUCGCAUCACCAUCAUCAUCACCAUCACCACCAUCACCACUCGCAAAGUCAGCAGCAACAGCAGCAGCAACAAAUACCACCGAUUCCACCGACUCCACCCGCGAAUCACGAGAGCCAGGCCCAUUCCAGCCCGUUCGCGUUAGGGCUAGCGGCGCUGCGCCGCAAGCGCAAAAGGUACCAGACCCGAGGCUCGACGCCGGCCAUGACCACGAGCACCACCGGCACCGGCAGCGGCGCCUCGGCUUCAGCUUCCUCGCCCAUGGAUAGCGCGCUAAAUCCCAUCGCCUCGGCGCUGCAGCGCGUGACCAAGAAGCAGCUGCAGCGGGCGAGCAGCGUGCCGACGCGCGGCCCCGAUUUGGCUCUGCACCAGCCGGUGCAGCCGAGGCGACACGAGACGACGCAGAGCCAGCAGCCGAGUCUCGAAGAGGGGUCUAGCAACGGUGGUUCCAAAGACCAAGGUGGCGUGUCCUCGUCGUCGACGGCUGCAGCUAUGACCAAUUCGACGGUUGAUUUAACACCGUCGACCACCGAGGAGAGUGUCUUGAGCGCUAGUACGCAAAUCGCCGCCGCAGCCUCGGCUCUGGGUAAACACAACGGUGCCUCGACUAGUCAGCAACAACUGAAAUUGCCGGCCAACAUCGAGCCCAUAACCGGACACGACGCGGCCGCUUCGACAGGAUGGCUUUGAAGGGGCAUAAAUGCUUCGACAUCUUCCGGCGUCGUCGUCGUUUCUGCGUGUGUAUUUAUCAAAGUGUCAAAAUUCCUGUGAAUUUGGAUGAAUAUGACGAAAAGAAGAGAACAAAAAUGAAUAAGCAACAAUAUAUUGUGGUUUUCUCGAUACGUCGCCGACCCAGCGGAUCGUAUUUUAUUUGUGAAAACGAGAAAUUAAAGAUUGUUAUUGAGUUUUCGUAAAUUCCGUUACUUUAAUUGAAAUUAUGAGCUUUGGGAUGAAGUAUGAAUUUUGCUUUCACUAACCAAAGGGGAUCACUUUUAUGCCUUCCUAUAACGAAACGUACUAUAAUCGCACAAUUUUGUAAACACAUGUAUUUCGAAUUGUGAGUAACGAGAAGGUACUACAUAUAAGUUGUGAAGUUCGUAUGAUUGUCGAUAUCAUAUUACGCUAAUACUGCCAAACUGGAAAGUGCCACGGGUCGGCCAAUCAAUUUGUAAUCUUCGAUUGGACAAAACAAAAAAGCUAAUGAUUUUUACGUUUUUUCCGAAUACCAAUGGCUCGAAACUAUUUGAAUUCGUAAAAAAUAAAAAUCAAGUUGCUGGAUGUAAAAUACUAAUAUACCGACACUGUUCAUGAUAAACGUUUGACAAAAAAUAAAUAUUCGUAUAUUCUCCAAUACUAUUUUAGUUGAGCUAUAUACUAAAAAAGGUAGAUAUUUAUUAGUGUUGAAAAAGUUUCUGCUACUACUAGUCUUACUAAAAAUACAAAAAAAAACAUUUGUUAGUGAAUAUGAAUAAGUUUUAAAAUAGCGUUAUCGAGAAUAAAUAAACAAAGAUUGAUUGCUUGAUUUUGCUAGUCUUGAAUAACUGUAAGUAUACUGGUGCAUUAAAAAUUUAAAUCUGUUUUCAGCCGCAAAAAAAUAAGACAAUUUUUUUCUCUGCUGCGUAAAUAUAGUCUCUAGUCACUUUAUCUAUGCUGAUAUUUUAAUUUAUAGUUUUAAAGUUCACUUUUCUCAUAUUGAGAAAAAAACUCAACCUAGUAGAAAACCAAAAAAGUAUAGAAUUUUAUGCGAUAACCAAAUAUCAUUGAAAAUUGUUACAGUACUCCAUUUUAAGGUGCGAAGGAAUUUACAGUUCGAUCUCAUAGUGAUUUAUUAAAAGUAUUAAGAUCAAAUUCAUGAAUACAAAAUUUAAAUAAAAUCAAAGCAAAUAAUGUAUUAUGCUCAUAAAUAAUUGUAACGAAACAUAUAGAUAUUUAUUAUGACAUUUUUAUCAGUGGAAAUCAUAACCGAUGUUUUUGUAAACAAUUUGACAUAAUUAUACGUAAUAAGCAAAGAAAUUUAAAAUACUUUUCAUUUUUAGAUGUGAAUUUUUAAAAUUAUUGAAAAUAAUUAGCUUUUAAUUAGCUAUAAGAAAAUAAAAGAAAUUUCUUGAUAGAGAUUAUUCUGGUGUGAUUAAACUUGAGGAGUAAUUAGUAAACAAAGUUUUAAAAUUAAAAAAAAUUAGUCGGCUGUAUCAAACUGUUAAAAAGAUCAAAAUAUAAUUAGAAUUGUAGUGUCGUUAUUUAAAGUUCCAUGAUUGUUUUAAAAGUUGUUUGCUUUUUAUGAUAUCCUCUAAAGAAAGAGAUGGCCUAUCGUACUCCAAAGAUUAGCAUGCAAAAAGUGCUAAGAGCUAAAAUAAAUUAAUUGUACAAUAAGUUGGAUUUUAAUGUUAACGAUGCAUUACGAUUGUUCAGACUUUUAUAAUUGUAUCAGUGUACUGUGAAACAGAUUUUAAAAGAGUUAUAGUACAAACGCGAAUAGAAUUUUAAUGAAACGAUGAAAAGUAGUCGUUAGCUGUUUAAAACCCUAUUAAAUUUCAUUUUUAAGUUUUAACCACUCACGUAUGCAUCGUCGAGGUAAAUGUUACAGUCAUUAACUUUUAUUGAAAAAAAAAAAAAAAAAUAGAAUCGUUAACUAUCGGUCGUUCAAUUUUUAAAUUCAUUUUAUUAUCUAAUUAAGAUGAUUUUAAAAAUGUCAAAUAUAAGUGAAGCUCGUGUUGAUCACGAUUAUAAUAUUAAUAAAACUGUAAGCGAAGGUAAUUUAAACAGUUUAAGAUAUAUAUGUGAACCUGUGGGGGGUUUUUAAUUAUAAAUUCGAGUACAUUUCAAACGAACUAAAAAUACAGUUUAACUAUUACGAAUAGUCUCAUAUUACGAAUACGCUGAGUAUGGAAAAGAAAAACAAGCAAAAUAUGUGUAAGAUAUGUGACAAAUUUACGAAGUAAGCGUAAAUACUAUUAAUUAUUAUGAUGAUAAAACUAUUGUAUGAUAAAAAGGGAUGAAUCUUAAAAGUUUAGCUAUAAAAGGAUAUGUUGAUAAAAAAUGACCAUUAAUAAACCC